UGGGGCUGGUGGCGCGCGAGCGCUGAGGCGGGACCGUUGGGGCUGGUGGCGCGCGAGCGCUGAGGCGGGACCGUCGGGAUGUGACCGUUGGGGCUGGUGGCGCGCGAGCGCUGAGGCGGGACCGUCGGGGCGCGUUAGGGCGAGGCGCCUCUCCCGGGCGAAGCGGCGCGGUGCCGGGUUGCCGGGGCAGCGGCCCCGCAAGCGCAGGCGGCAGGGGGCCGCGGGCGGCAGUAUGAAGGUUAACUUAAGCGUCCUCUCCUUAUUCGUUGCCCUGGUCGGAAUUUCAAGCUUCAUCUUCCUCGUGGUGGCCAUUGGGACGGACUUUUGGUACAUCAUCGAUGCCUCGAAACUGGAGAAGUCCCUCAACGGCACGGACGCGCUGAGCUCGCACUCGGGACUCUGGCGGACCUGCCGGCUUAGGAGCAAAUGUUACCCUUUGAUAAACCCUUUCUGGCAUGAGAGUGUAAACAUCACUGCUUCACACAGACAGCUUUUAUACAUGCACGGGACAUUUGUCAUCCUGAUGCCCCUCAGCCUGAUAUUGAUGAUUUUUGGAGGAAUGACUGGAUUCAUCAGUAUUCUUGCCAGGGCCUACCUACUGCUUCUAAUGACAGGACUACUUUUUCUUUUUGGAGCUCUUGUUACACUUACUGGGAUCAGCGUCUAUAUUGCAUAUUCAGCUGCUGCCUUCAAAGAAGCAGUUUGCCUUCUGAGAAGUAAGGAUCUCUUGGUACAAAUCGACAUCAGGUUUGGCUGGUCUUUGGCACUAGUGUGGAUCUCCUUUGUUGCAGAAGUGCUCACCGGGGCUGUGUUUCUUCUGGCAGCAAGAGUUGUGGGCCUGAAACAGCGACAUGAACAGGCAUUGUGAACAACAGAUCUAUUCUACAGUUAAUGUGAUGCUUUUGAAGUGCCUGUGUCACGUGUGGUAGGUAUUUAUUAGACAUGUACGCAGCUACAAUAAAAAAUACUCAGGUGAUCAGAAAGAUUGCAAAGAGCCAAGGAAUUUAUCAUUGAAUUUGAGUAAUUCUCAUUUCUAUGGCUUUCCUAAAUUUCUCAUUCCAUCUUUCUGCAAUAUCUGGCACAAUAGUGAUAAAGAGUAUUUCCUGCCCUUGUAGAUUUGUAUAACCCUUGAAUUUCUCUUAGAUCCCUUCAGAUUACCAUACCCCCCCAAAAAAAUUGUCAACUAAGAAGAGUUAUACUAGAAAGGGAAAAUAUUCUGGAAAGGACUUCCUCUGAUUUGGUACAAGUGACUUUAUCAAUUUCUUAAUCAUACUGAAACUGAUGGUUAUUUAAUACCCAAUUCUUUGCUAUAUUUUCCCCAAAAUGCAUUACUGAUAUGAGGAAACUGACUAUUCCCCUUACCUUCUUGUGAAUUAUAAGCUUAUAGGUAAUUGGCCAAAUUUAAAGUGAAAAAAAAUAGACAUUAUUAUAUUGAGUAGAGCAGAGUUUGUUUGAACUGAUAGAUUGCACAGAGAUACUGGCCAAUACUACGCACUAAUUGAGAGGCUACUUACUUUGAGGGAUGGCAGAGGAGAAUAGGAGAGAUCAAAGGAAUCGUUGGGGUCUAGAAAACUUCAGAUGUACAAGACAUUCAGUUGAGAUGCUGAUGAAUGUAAUACAGAGAUAUACAACCAGAAGAAGUCAGUGUGGAUCUGUGCUGUACCUGGGCUGGCUCCUGUAGUGCAGCUUGGAUGUCUCUGCAUCCCAUUCCCCAAUGAGCAAGGAAAAGUCUUCCCUUAUUGAUCAGAGGUCUGUGCGUUUGUUGAUCACUGAUCCAAAGCCAAUAUACCUGACUGAUAGAAGCUGUCUCUAGCUGAUUCUAUGAAGACACAUUUGAUUUACAAUUUCCUCCUUCCGAAGAGCAAAGAUUGGCGAGUUGAAGACAAACAGGACUUGUUGUGUCCAUGCCUUGCUGGUCAGCAGCUAGAAUCUGCCGAGAACUGCUCCACUGAGAUGCCCGCAGCACAGGCAUGCCAUGCCUUUCCACUUCCUCAGGUAUGGGCUCACAUACCCUUCCUACAGCUGUGAAGAAAGCUUAUUACUUUCUGUCAAAGUUGACUGAAGCUGUUAAGGACAACUAGAACUUACCCAUGAGAUCCCAAAGACUUAGAUUUUCCAAAGCUUUAUUUGCACCUUGGGGAUCUAUAAUAAUCUUGGCCUCCAAAUAAUCUUGUUUUGUGUUGUUCUGCAAAUGAAAUCCGAUGGUCUUAACUAAUUAAAACUGUGCAAAUCUAAA